ACUGAUACCUAUGGAAAUAUGGAUGAUAGCUUUAAACUAGUUCUCAAGUUACAAACUCCUCUUGGAGGGUUUCAGAGUAUUUUGUUUCCUGCAUCGCAUCUGAUCAUUUUUGGCAUUCUACAAAGCUAUCAUGCCAAUGAGAGAUUUGACUUCAACUGUGAUCCCAAACCCAGUGAUUUUAUCAGACAACUUUGCUAUGACAACUACAUUUCCACAGUUACCAAGCCUCAUGGGUUAAUACCUCGGAACGUUGUUGCCAUAACCUUCAGUGCUUUGUGUGCAUGCUGGAUCGGCUUUGCAAUUUAUGGUGUUGUGACCCUUCGAAAAAGACCAGGAUGCAAGGAAAAAAAUACAAAGAAAUUUCUUCGCGCCUACUUCAUCCAUGUAUUCUUUCGAAUAUUUUUCCUGGGUGUUAUGUUAGGGCUGGUCUGCAGUUACCAGACAAUUUUUUUACCUUCGGUUUUUAAGUGUGGUGUUAAUGAGACCUUGCAGACCAACAGUCAAACCACGCCAAGUCCACUCAACCAGACAAAAUUAAAACUGCAAUGUAAUGAUCGUCAUCACGAGGAGAAAUCAAACCUAAACAUAGCUGUUAUCUCUGUCGAUGCCUUCUUUAUGGUGCUCAGUAUAUUGGAAGUCCUGCACUUGUACCGUAUCAGGGAAAACUAUGUGCAAAAGUUGUUAGGAAACCUUGAAGACUUUGAGGUUCAAGAGUUACUGCAAAGUAAGUAAAUAUGUUAUAGUUUAAUUGCUAGCAAAUUACCAUAGGCAAAACACUGGUGCAGAAAUGUUAGUUAGCGAUAUAAUUAUGGCAAUGACUAAACCAAAGAAAGAGAUUUAGCAUGAGCAUAUGGGAGACAACCCAAAAAAAUUUAUAGGAAGGGAGGGGGAAGUGUUUGUUUAUAUAUUGCACUUCAUAAUUCUCAACAACCUAUUUGUGAGAGAGUCUUAUUGGUACUGUUUGGUUCACGUGGUCAAAUUCCAUUACUGAGAGACCAAAUGACGGUAAAAAAAGCAACAACUGGCGCUUGUCAAUAUUCCA